CAGUCUCAGUCGCCGCGCACCGCGGGGAUGGAGAUGCUCCCAGGUGCGGCGGCCGAGGCGGCCUUCGCCGACGAUGUGCUGCGUGUCUUUGGGGCCAACAACAGCCUGUCGGCCGGGCAGCUCUCCGCGCUGCUGCACCGCCUAGGCGCCGCGCCGGCCCUGGGCGCGCUGCUGCCGCUCACACACCUGCACCACAACCAGUGCUUGACUGGUGAAGAAAUCUUUUAUUUGCAUGGGAUACCGAACAAUAGUCACAUCUCAAAUUCAAGCUUCUCCACUAUUUGUCCUGCUGUUUUGCAACAGCUAUUUUUUCACCCAUGUGAUCAUCAGAAAGACUUUGUGGAUACCUCUAAACCAAAUUCUUUACAAGUUUGGGGAUUUGGGUUCCUGGCUGUGACUAUUAUUAACUUGGCAUCUCUUCUGGGAUUGAUUUUAACUCCUCUCUUCAAGAAGUCAUAUUUCCCUAAGGUUUUAACCUACUUUGUGGGCUUGGCCAUUGGUACUCUCUUUUCUAAUGCAAUUUUCCAACUCAUUCCAGAGGCAUUUGGGUUUGACCCAAAAGUAGACAACUAUGUUGAGAAAGCAGUUGCUGUAUUUGGUGGAUUCUAUAUUCUCUUCUUUGUGGAAAGGAUUCUCAAAGUGAUACUGAAGAUCUAUAACCAGGCUGACCAUAAUGAUUCCGAAAGUGGUGAACAGAAUCAUUCUCAGGAUAAGAGUAACGCCCCUAAACCACUGUCAUCCAGCAAUGGGGGGACAUGCUAUGCAAAUUCAGCUGUCAUAGAGAGCAAUGGAAGUCUUGGUUUCGACAGCAUCAGUGUGGUCUCCACACAGGAAGGCACACAAGGCAGCUUAUGCAAGUGUCUUAAUGGGCGUCCACUGUCAAAGAUUGGGACCAUUGCUUGGAUGGUAACACUGAGUGAUGCCGUACAUAAUUUCAUAGAUGGUUUGGCUAUUGGUGCUUCUUUCACUUUGUCUCUGUUUCAAGGGCUUAGUACCUCCAUAGCCAUCUUGUGUGAAGAGUUUCCUCAUGAACUGGGGGAUUUUGUCAUCUUGCUUAAUGCAGGAAUGAGUACUCGACAGGCUCUGUUUUUCAACUUUCUAUCUGCAUGUUCCUGCUACAUUGGGUUGGCUUUUGGUAUAUUAGUAGGUAACAACUUUGCUCACAACAUCAUUUUUGCUGUAGCUGGUGGAAUGUUCCUGUACAUCUCUCUGGCAGAUAUGUUCCCGGAGAUGAACGAUAUGCUGCGAGAGAAAGUGACAGGAAGAAAGAUGGAUCUCACAUUCUUCCUUAUUCAGAAUGCUGGUUUACUAACGGGGUUUACUGCUAUACUGGUGAUUACCUUGUAUGCAGGAAAUAUUGAGCUGUGAUAAUGCAAGUGAAUAUGGAAUCAGUACUGAAGACGUCAAGUAAAUUACGAAUGGAAGACACUUGAAAUCUUUAAAUGGUCAUUCAUUUAGUCUACUUGGCUUUGAAAUGGUGACAAGUUGUGUCCUGUCCCUCUUGCUCCAAAUACUGGAAAUUCUUCUUUAGGACUUGCAGUCAAUUGAAAUAGUAGGAGCUGCAGCUUCAGUACUAUGCCAAAGAAGCAGCUCUAAUGUUUUUAUUUCUACUUAAAAUUAUCAGACAUAUCUGAACUGUCACAGAAAAAGGAUGUUACUUGGCCAGUAGAAUUAUGCAACACACAUAACUCAAGACCAAAAGAAAACUGGGAUCUCCAAGGAAGAUGCUUAUGUAAAAGAAGAUAAGCGAGUCUCAUAUCCUUUUAAUUUACAUGACUUUAGUUACAAGAUUUGUCUGUGUAACAUCCCCUGCCCCCAACAACACCAAAAAAUUUUAAACAAUUCAGACAAUUUCAGAUUAUGUACUAAUGAAGCUAAGAAUUUUAAUUACUAAUUAACACUGGAAGGAGAGAUAUCAGUUACCGCUUUUGAUCUUUUCAUAGGUGCACUAGGGAAUUGUUGAUUUAUUUUGAGAACCACUUUUUUAGUUAGAGGGAGCCUUUGUUAAAUUUGUCACAAUUUAUCUACUCCGUAAUGC